AUGGCCAGCGACACCACCAUUUCCAUUAUAGCUCUGGCCGUCGCUUUCGUAGCGCUCGUCACAACUAUCAGCCAAGUCCUCGGCCAGUUGUUAGCAACAGCAGAUGGCUACCGAAGAUGCCAGUCUUCCGUGAUAGGAAGGUCGGCCAAAUUAACGCACCGCAAUUUCCGUUGGAGUGAGAUGCGAUUCGAGACGCUCUGUACGACACCGCAGUUCGGUCUCUUCCCCUACAUGCCCCGCCACCUUGUGUCAAAAGAGACAGACGCCUACGGCUCAAAGGAAAUGCAUUACCAACUUGAUGGAUCUGCCUGGUCUAAAGAAGCCACAUACUGCGACACUGCGCGCGGACCACAUCUUGCCGGUACUACUGAGAAUGUCUCCUGGUUAAGGUUUAUAGAAGCCUUGCACGAGAACUCAGGGCAGUCAUUGGAAAUCUUCGGGGUUGCAUUCCAUGAUGUUGCGUCGAAGAAAGAGCUGAAGAACAGAAAGGAUCUUGUGGCACAGGGAAACAUAUUGGAGGAUAUUACCCGCCAUGCAUCUGGGUCGCAAGGCUAUUUGAUUCCGGACUUGAAGUUGCAAAAGAGAUCGUGGGACUUUGUACCACCAGAGGUCGUGCAGCCUUUGGCAUUGGGGACGGUCUGUGACCUCGCAGUUAUGGCAAGACCGUUGGGCAUGAUAUGGAAACAAUUCGAGCCUCUCGAUGGGAACUUCAGGGCAGAAGGCAAUGGACACACGAUCACUUCUACGGGCGUGAGAUCUAUGGGUACGGUUUUGCAAAUCGGCGUCCAAGACUUUUUGCCAAGCGUAGAUCCUACAGAAGAAUUGAACGAGCUCUACAUCCCUUCCGAGGCAGCGGACAAAAUGGGCUUCGGCAUAGUACCAGGCGAAGCAAGCCUUGGCGUGCCAGACUACAAGCUAGGGACAGAAGAGGAGGUGCUUGCAACAUUACGAAUCGUAGUGGACCCAAGCCGUGAAGCCGCAGAAAGAGUGAAAGACAUACUAGGAGCAAAUCCCGGCUGGACUCCUGGCAUCUCAGACAUAACAGGCUUCGCGGCGCCCAUGAUUCGCCAAUCUUUCUCCUCGAUCGUCCGCGUUCCCCAGCCUGCAGGAUACGCAGUCGGGUUGACGCAGCAACAAGAAGGGUUCGUCGUCUUCCACAAGCGUCUAUACGACCUCGUUGCUGAAAGAGAUGCAAGACACGAACCUGUGUCUAAACAGCCUCGGUCGAUACUCCAUCAAUACGCGGAACUGCUUUACCGCUAUGGAGAGCAGUGGGAGAAUCAUGAGGUGUACAUUCAGAAGCUGAAUGAUCGCUCCGUGGAGUUCCUGGAUGAUUUACACGGAAAACAUAUGGCUGCCAUUAAUUACUUUAAAGUUUUAAUGGCCCGCUAUAAUGGCACAGGCGAGAAAUCGCAGGUCUUUCGCUACACAGACCUUAUGUAUGCUCACGUACGACACGCAGUCAACUACUUCCCUGAGGCCUUUGAACGAGUCAAUGCUUCACCCUCGCGAGCAAGAAACCACUGUGGACUGAGAGUGGCCGGAUGGAUCACCGAGGGCGCGCACAUCUACUUCGACAAUAUAUGA